AUGGCGUCCGCCGCCGACCUUGACGGCCUCGUCCUCCUUCGCCAAUCCAUCUCCUCCAACGCGCCUUUCAUCCCCAGCGCAUCAGCUGACGCCUCUGCGACCGAAGUCCCUCUCUCCCAGGCCACACAUCUGCGAUUCCCCAAUCAAGAUGUCGCUGUCCCAAUCGACAACCCGACGCGCUUCGUGUCGCAUGAUAAGCCCGUUGACCUGCGCAGCAUCUACUUUGCGUGGCUGAAUCGCGAAGUUGCCAUCCCCGAAUACAAUGCUUCGGCUACAAAGCUCAACGACGAGUUGGCUGCUGGUGGUGGCUCGGGCAAGGUUCAAAACUUGGGUUUCAUCGAGCGUCUGGAUUUGAUUACCUGGCUUGAGGGUGCCAGCGAGGAGAGCGAGUAUAUCAAGCCCCUCGCUAGCGACAAGGAUGCUGCAACUACUGGCGCAGCGACAGCAGCAACAACAGGCGCUGUAUCGUCAGCUACUCAGGCACGAUCGGGUCGUGGUACUAUGGACCCGCGGUUGGUGGGCAUUUACAAUGGCGAACGACGGAUGGGCGAUCGCAACACUGUCUUAAGGGGCAACAAGCCUACAGACUUUUCACAUGUUCGCAAACUUGCUGCGCCGUUCAUCCAAAAGAAGUCUCAAUCUAGCUCCUCCAGCAUUCCUAAUAAUCCUUCACUUGCACUCAACCAGAAGGCUCCCACACGGCGACCGGAUCCUAUUAUUCUCCUAUCUCCCUCGGCAUCUUCUUUGCUUCGUCUAUCAAAUGCGCGAUCUUUCCUCGAGGAUGGCAAGUUCGUGCCUACCGAUGCGGGUGGUAACUCAGCCACCAUGCUCCACGUUCAGCGCACCAUCCCCUCUAUCGACCCUAACCGCCCGAUGCGUUUCAUUCUGGUCGAAGGCUCUGAAGCGUUCAAGCCUGAAUAUUGGAACCGGAUUGUGGCAGUCCUCACCACAGGCCAGACCUGGCAAUUCAAGAACUACAAGUGGAGUGACCCUAACGAGCUUUUCAAGCAUACGCUGGGCGUGUACGUCGGCUGGCGAGGUGAAUCGGCUCCGGAUAACAUCCGCAGCUGGGGUCACCGAGUUCUGUCUACUGGCAUUGAUCGAUGGCGAGGAGAGGGCCACGAUGCCUCGCGCUUCCGUGAUAAGGAAAUUGUUGAACAAAUCUGGCGAGCUAUUGAGGAAAACAUGAGAUACAGGGGCUGGAGAAAGGACAGGGCUCCUUCAUCGAUAUAA